AUGUCGAGUCGUCAGCUUCGCAAGCUGCAGAAGCAGAGAGAGCUUGAGCAGCUGCAAGAGGCCAAACCUGCCACCGAGGAAUCCAGCGAUGACGAGCCUGAAACCGCAACCAUCAAGCCUCGGCAGAGCUUGUUCGCAGCUCUAGGCGGCGGACAAGACGAAGACGACGACGAUGAUGAUGACGAGGAGAAGCACGGCAAUAAGCAGGAGGAGGCCCAGCAAGAAUCCGAGCCAGAGGUGGUGUCUCAGCCUGCCAAAAAGAAGAACAAGAAAAAGAAGAAGAAGGCGAAGAAGGCUUCGACGCAGGACCAACCCGAAAAGGUUCCGGAAGAUAAGGAAGACGAAAUCGACAGGGCGCUCAAAGAGCUUAGCAUCGCGCGCAAUGCCGGCUCAACCGCCUCCGAUAACCUUGCGCAACGAAGUCGCGACGUCGACGAACUCCUGCAAAUCAACACCCAGUAUCUCAGGGCCAUCAACGAGAUGCGCGCCCUAUUUGGAAAGGAGGCAAUCCAGGCCGCACAGGAAGAAGAACGGGCCGAGCAGGAAGCUGCGCGCCGAGCACAAAGAGGUCCUAACCAGCAGGUUGACCUGGAGACAGCACUUCGAGGGGAUCCGCGCAAGAAGCUUCCCGAGGUAUCUCUACGGAGAAACGUCUUCAUCCAAGGCAAGGACACUUGGCCACGCGCCACUGCGGCAGGUUUGGUCAUGAAGGAAAUCAGGAAAGGCUCGGACGGUCUCGUCGAGUUCGCUUUUGUGCACGAGCAGGCAUACGAUAACGUUCAGAUCAUGUUCUUCAGCAGCGUCCAGCUCGGCGACCCCAUGCAGAUGGUCCAGCUUCUGAUGCAGUUCCCGUACCACGUCUCGACCUUGCUUCAGGUAAGCAAGGUUGCCAUCCAGGACCAAAACCAGGCGCUGGCGGCAGACCUUUGCGAGCGGGCAUUGUUCACAUUUGGCCGAGCUACGACAUCUGCUUUCAGGCAAAAGAUAGAGCAGGGCAAGGCCCGGCUAGACUUCCGCCGCCCAGAAAAUCGCGAGCUUUGGCUCGCCGGAUACACUUACCUCAAGAGCCUGAUUCGCAAGGGAACCUACCGGACAGCAUUGGAGUGGGCGAAGCUGCUGUUUAGUCUCAACCCGAAUGACCCUUACGGAAUGAAGUACUUCAUCCACACACUGGCGAUUCGGGCACGCCAAGCGCAAUGGCUCAUGGAGUUCAUGAACACACAUGAGUUCAUGGCGGACGAGACGGACGACACGUACCUGAAGCAAACGCUGGUUCUUGCGAAGCUUCAGGUAGGCGACACUGAUGGAGCAAAGAUGGCGGCAGUGGCCGGCAUGGAGCGUCUGCCGUGGCUCUACUGUGCCCUCUUUCAGGCGUUGAACUUGGAAGCGCCGCCUCCCUUGUGGGGUGUACGACCCGACACCAACGAGCGUGAGUUCUGGACGAACCUUUACAUUCACCAAGCCAAAGAUAUCUGGAACAACUCGCAAGCCAUCGACCUGCUCAAGGACGCUGUCAAGGUGGCGCAGAAGCCCACUCGAACUCUCCCAGAAGACAUGCCGGCAGACAAUCGCACAGCCAGAUGGGCGUGGUUGGAGGACACCCCGAGUUUGCUGAGCGGCAUUCCAAGGGCGAUGCUUGCGCGGGAACCCAACUACGCCUUUGACCCGCUCCCGCCGCCAAAAGAGGAAAACAUAUUUACGAGCCAGGGUGUCCAGAUGCCAUGGCGGCAAGUCGGCGAGAAUGGGGAACGGGAAAUGUUUGCACAGGAGCGAGCGCUCAUCAACAUGAUCCGGAGACAACAGCUAAGAGGCGGGGCGCGAAGAGGAGCUGCUGAGCCGGGUGUCGGUGCAGCGGAAGCCAUGAUGGGUGCGUUCCCAGGGGAUGAUGACGAUGAAGAGGAAGAGGAGUUUGGUGAUGCUUGGGAAGGCGCCUUCAGUGACGGAGAUGACGAGUUUGAGGGCGAUGGGCACCAACCUCCUUCCGCCGGCGUAGUCCAGCGACUUGCCGACAUGCUAGCGUCUAUGAUACCCGGCGGAUGGCCGGCCGAGCCGGCUGGUGGGGACGAUGAACAUUCGGACCCGGAAGAUGACGAGCUGCCUCCUUUGAUCGAUGGUGACGAGGAUAUUGGCGAUGGCGGUCAGCAGCAUAGCGGAAACCAGCCGCAGUAA